AUUUUGUAAUGCAUGACUGAAUUUCUCAUAGUGUUUCUAGACGCAUGUUCAACAACGACACAUAAUGAAGAACAGUUACGAAUAGUUGCAAAGCGUCCUAUCAUAAGUACGAGUUUCUCGGAAGUGAACGAAUCAGAAAAAUCGGUGCAGAGAGUAGGACACAUUUGCUAUAUAAUCCUCCAUAUUGCGCAGCGAUAUAAUGCAAACGUACAGUUUUAUGGAAUUUCUCAACGAAAGAUGCGAAACAGCUACCAGUAGUUAGUAGCAGUGCUGCCUUGUUCAGUCUAUAUGAUAUAUAUGAUUCUGCGUACACAAGCAGUCAGUGUGGUGCAUUCGGAGUAAUAAAAUCGUUGAUUGUCGAUCCUUCUAAUCCGUGUGCAGUGUUGUGUAGAGUCGCGUGAAGGUCGUGAACUUUUGCAAGAUUAUUCGAGAAGCUUGCAAUCCGGAAGCACAUUACGAAAGGAAGGUUAAAAAGAAAGGUGGACGAUCCUCCGCGAAAAGCCUCGGUAAAAUGGCGGUGAUCGGUACUCCGAUUGGCGCUAAGCGAUAGAAGAGGAUCGCGCUCUAUUCACGCUCGCUAAGUUUUGUUUUGAUCUAGUUCGAUAUCUAUUCUCACAGAAACCGGUCAAUUCUUGUCAUUUCAAAUCAUUCGGUUUGAUUUCGUCGAAUUCCAUUUAGCAUUGUGCGAAAUUAAAACGGCGUCCCAUUGACUGAAGAUAUAUAAUCUAGUCGAGGACGAUCAAGGUGGUAAGAAACCACCGACGGAACGGUUUUCGACGGCCGUGAUGCCGCAUCGUUCCGACCUCGAAUUUAUCGAAAGGCCGAACGACAAGGACGACUCUAUCAAAUCCUUGUCGGCUUAUCUAUAGAUUUUAAAUUCUUGAAGAGACUCUAUCUGUCAAAAUGAAAAUUGAUCGCAAUAGAUUGAGAAAAUAUACAUCAGAAGCGCCUGCAAAAUGUCAGGCGCUUAUAAACAAGUUGCGCUCAUGCUCCCAUGCAGAAUUGCUAGAGGAGCUAAAGCAAAUAGAUGCAUGGACUUUUGGUAAAUGUGAAUUAUUUCAUUGGGUUGAUGUAUUGGAUCUUAGCGACAGCAUUUUGGAAGAAGCUGCUGCUAAAAGCCCAGACAAUCCAUGGGAAUUGGCUUGUGAUCUCCCUCAAAAUAGAGAGGCAAAAGAACUUCUCCUUUGGGUUCUACAUCUUACAACAUUAUUAAUUGAACAUUCAUAUUCUCGACACUUAUACAGCAGUAUGGAACAUCUAGUGACUUUGUUAUCAAGCUGUGACAUGCAUGUUGUCCUUGGUGUAUUAAAUAUUCUCUACAUGUUCAGUAAACGUAGCAAUUUCAUUGCACGUUUAAACAGUGACAAGAGGCAAGCUUUAUUAAGUAGACUUACUCUUUUAGCAGAGAGUUGGGGAGGUAAAGAAAAUGGAUUUGGUUUAGCAGAAUGUUGUAAAGAAUAUCCAGACAAGCCACUUCCAGCAAGUGCCACAACAUUGCAUUUCGAAUUUUAUGCAGAAAAUUCAACGACAGAUUCAAAUGCCACAUCAAACAUUGGCACAAAAAAAUCUGGACAGACGAAUUUUGUAACAUGUAUACAUAUAGAAAAUGUAGAUAAACUGGGUAAAACACCAGCACAAAUUAUGAAUGAUUUGUUAAAAGUCAAUAAUGUACCCCAAGAUCGACAGAUUGCGUUGUUUACACAUAUAAGAUUAGCACACAGUUUCUCUGACUAUAGAAGACGAUUACAAUGUGUGCACGCUCGGCUGCAGGCAUUAUCAAUACUUGUAUAUAAUAGUGAACUAGAAGAAAAUGCACAUAGUUUGCUGCAUCCUGGACUUUUAGAAGAAUUAGUUGAAUUACUGGAACUUCCACAUGCACAUCUUGUUGAAUUACGUGCUGCUGCUUUAAGAACUCUUACAAGUAUCAUUCAUUUAGAUCGCAAUCCACAUUUUCCAAAAAAACCUAGUUCAAGAUUAAAUAUGAUAAUCGACGUCACUGGAGCCAAUUCAUAUCAUGGAUUUUUUCCUGUAUUAAUUCGAACUUGUAUUUCAACAUUGAUUUCUCCGCAACCUGAAGGACAACCAUUUCCUUUAUCACUUGCAACAGCUUUAUUUAGCUUUCUAUACCAUCUUUCGAGUUAUGAAGCAGGAUGUGAAGCACUUGUUAGUUGUGGAAUGAUGGAAAGUUUGUUAAAAAUCAUGAAUUGGCCUGGUAGCGAGUUUGAACAUUUGACGUUUGUAACAAGAGCAGUUCGUGUUAUAGACUUAAUAACAAAUAUAGAUAUGCAAGGAUUUCAAGCUCACGGUGGUUUAGCCAGUUUUAUUAAUCGUCUUGAUAUGGAAGUAAAUGUUUGUAGAAAAGAACAACCAUUUGAAAUAGAACCUAUACAUUAUCAAGAUAAUUCUCAGGCCACACGUGAAAGAUCGAUGGAUCGCGAUGAAAGUUCUACGUCUUCACGUGCUUUUGACGAGCGUGAAGAAUCAUCUAAUCCUAUGGAAUUUUCGGAAGAUGAGAACAUGAGUUCCAAAACCGAUGAUAAAAAUGAACAAAUACCAGACUAUUCGGCUGGAAAAACUGGAAAAACUUGUCUACCACAGCGAGUUACACUUUUAAAAGCGUUAUUAAAUUUUAUUAAAAAAAUUAUUCAAGAUCCCACAUUUUCUGAUAGUAUUAGACAUGUUAUGGAGGGUACUUUACCUUCUUCUUUAAGACACAUUAUCAGUAAUUCAGAAUAUUAUGGUCCUUCUUUGUUCCUUAUUGCAACGGAUGCUGUAACAGUAUAUGUUUUCCAAGAGCCAUCUUUAUUAUCUUCUUUACAGGAUAAUGGAUUAACUGAUCUUGUACUGCAUGCUUUACUAAUUAAAGAAAUUCCUGCUAGUAGAGAAGUUCUAGGAUCACUGCCUAAUGUAUUUAGUGCUUUGUGUUUAAAUCAGCGUGGACUAGAAUCAUUCGUAAAACGACGCCCUUUCGAACGCUUAUUUAAAGUAUUAUUAUCGCCACUUUAUUUGCCUGCAAUGAAUCGACGUCGUAGCACAGAUCCUUUAGGUGAUACUGCUUCGAAUUUGGGUAAUGCAAUGGAUGAAUUAAUGCGACAUCAGCCAAGUUUGAAAGUUGAUGCAAUCGCUGCUGUUAUAAAGUUAUUAGAAGAACUUUGUGUACUGGGUUGUGAUCCUCGUUAUAUAUGCUUGCAAGCUGAAGAUAAAUUCGAUAAUUCUCAAUCAAAUACUACUUCUGGAAAUCGCCAAUCUUCUGGACAAUCUGUUGGAGUUGGAGUUGGAGAUUCUGGUGCAGGAGGAGGAGGUGGUAGUGGAAGUAGUAGUGAUGAAGAAGAAGAGGAUGAAGAAGAAGCUAGUACAAGUUCUCAUCCACAACGUGAGGAACAAUGUUCAUCAUCUACUGCUCAACCAGUUCCACCACCUCAACCUAGAGAGAAAACUCCAAUAGCUUUAAUGGAAUAUAUACAAAAUGUUACAAAAUUCGUUGAUGCUAUUCUCAGUAAUAAUUCGACGGAUGAUCAUUGUAGAGAGUUUGUCGCUCAAAAAGGUCUCGUACCAUUAUUAUCAAUUUUAGGAUUACCUAAUCUUCCAGUGGAUCAUUCAGUUGCCCAAACAGCACAAGCUGUAGCUACAGUUUGUAAAAGUAUUUUAAAUCUUGCACAUGAACCAUUAGUUCUUAAAACUGGUCUGUCUCAGUUGAAUGAAGUUUUGAAUUUGCUGAAACCAUUAUACAAUUAUAUGGAAGCUCCAGGAGGAUCUGUUUUAUUACAUGAACUUGUCAAUGCUCCGAAUCUGGAAACAGCUUUUACCAGUGAUACAGCAACACCUUUACUUCAUGCUAUGAAUGCUGCUUAUGGAUAUAUAAUAAUGUUCGCACAAGUAUGCCGUACCAGUCAAAGCGAAAUCAGAAACUUGGCUAUGAAUCAUUGGGGUUCCGAGCUUGGUUUGACCGUUCUGAAAGGUUUAUCAGAACUGUACACAGCUCUGAUCUGGGAAAGCACAGCCUUAUUAGCACUUACCACGGAAGAUUUUAUUCCGGCUGGUUGUGAUUUUGGAAAAGAAGAUAUGGAUAAACUUAUACGUCCUGAAUCAACAAAUGAAGGUGAAAGUACUAGUUGGUCUGGUGCUACAUCUACAGAUAUGGGAAGUAAUGGGAUGACUACAGCCAUGGAAGCUUUAAGCACUGAUCCGCCUCCUAUACCUAUGGAAGUAGACGAAAAACCAAGUGUUAGUACAGGAAGAAUAUCUCCAAACUCUCAUCGACUUACAUAUCCUAAGCAUUUGCUAGGACUUACAUCUAAAAUGGGUAGAGCUUUAGCAGAACUCUUUGCUAUACUUGUAAAGCUUUGCAUGGGCUCCCCAAUUAGACAACGCAGAGGACAACAGAUGCCUCCAAUACCAGCCCUACCUUCACAAGCGUCUAGAAGCGUAGCAACUGCUUUAAAUUGUGUAUUAAUUCGCGGGUUAUCAUGGGAUAAAUUACCUCCAUCGACAGUACCAAAACUUCAAGUAACCUUUUUGAUGUGCACUCUAAGUUUUGUAUCUCCUGCACUAUUUGAUGAAAAGGGAUAUCCGUUUCAUUUGAUGCUUCAAAAGUUCGUUAAACUCGGCGGACAAAAUGCAUUUUUCGCUGCUUUUCAUUGGGUAUUAUCUGGAGGAGGACAGUUUCCGUUAUCUGAAGGAUUAGAGCAUCCAAAUUUACCUGAUUGUACUGGAGAAUUCUUAGAUGGUUGGUUAAUGAUUUUAGAAAAAAUGGUGAAUCCUAAAACUCUUCUUGAUUCUCCAUAUGUUGUUUCUUCAAAAUGUACUGGAAUAUACAAAGUAUAUGAAACAUUUGAUCCUAUAAAAUAUCUUACGGAUAUUCAUAAGGAAGCUUUUGAGGCAGUGAUGCUAAUGUGGGGAAAGAAACCUUUAAAAAAUUAUGGAGUUCAUAUGACAGAACUUAUUUUAUCCAUUUUAAGACAUAUUUUACGAAGUGAGCAAAUCAUAAAGGAACAUGCUGAAAAAGAAGAAAAUAAUGAAGGAGGUAUUAGUGGUAGCACUAGUGGAACUAGUGGAAUUGGAAGAGGUGGAACAAUAUCCGAUCGCAGAGAGGAACCAGAAGCAGAUGUAAAUCCAGAACAUUUAAGACAGUUGAUGGAUAUGGGCUUCAGUAGAGCUCAUUGCAUAGAAGCUUUACUUCAUACAUUGACAGUUGAACAAGCCACUGAUUAUUUGUUAACUAAUCCUGCUACUUUACGCCGAUCAGAUGUGCCAGCAGGUGAUGUAAGCGGACAAGACUUAAUAAUGGACUUAGAAUUGGUAGACGAUGAUCAAAUAAUGCAUGCCAUAGCGAUGUCGCUUGGAGAAACAGCGGAAACGCGAAAUGUUUUCAGCACAGAAGAAUCCAGUUCACGUGAGGCUACUACCAUAACUGAAAGCAUAGAUAAAUUUACGCAAAAUGCUUUGAGUCAGUGUUUAAAUUUAUUGGAUCUUAUGCCUGACACAGUAUACAGAAUUUGCGAUUUAUUAGUUGCUAUCGCUAAAAGAAACGGAGAUGAAUGGCGUGAUAAUAUGUUACGACAACUUAUGAAAGAAAUUGGUGGUCUAGUAGAUUAUUUAAUCGAAGUUGCUGAAAGUCAAGAUCCAAAUGCUGGAGUAAAAUUAGUAGAAUGUAAAGAAGCUAAUAAAGUUACUGGACGUAUUUAUCUAUAUACAAUGUUCUUUGAGGGAACGUUCCAAGAAAUGCGAGUACCCUGUGCUCAAAUUGUAGAAGAAUAUGCUAUUUUAAAUAAACUUGUACGUUUACUAGUCGUAAGUGAGGGUCCGUUAACUGCAAGUAAAAGUAAAAUUGUCAAAGAAGGUAAUAAGGAUACAUCAUCUACGAAAACUAGGAAAUGGCUUGCACCUUUAUUAUUACUGAUAGAACGUUUAGAAAAAGUGGCGGUAUUGACAAAGAGAAAGGAAUUAAUGUAUAAAGUAACAACCAGAAUGUGGAAAUGGUUCGAUCUCAGCACAGGAAAAUGGAAUUUAUAUUCUCCAGUAAAUAAUCGAAUAAUUAAUGAUGCGUAUUGGGCCGGCGAGUCUAGUACUAGAGUAACAUGUAAUAGGCGACGAUAUGUAAUUAAUUUUUCAUGCAUGACUCAAGUUAACGAAGAAACUGGUAAUAGAAGGCCUAUCACGAUGGGCUUUAAACUGCAUACCGGAAACGAAGAUGGUGGAUCAGGUUCUGAUACAAAUAUGGAUACUGACGAAAAUCGAAUAGAGGAUAAACGGAAUACAGUUUUGCAAGGGUUAGAUCCUAGCAUGGCUCCAAGUAUUAUACGCGCUUGUGUGAGGUUGAUGGCUAUUCCAGUAGAUCGAGAUGCUUUACAUGCAGCUAUGAAAGUUUGUUUGAGACUUACAAGAGAUUAUGAAAAUGCUGAAAUAUUUGUUCGUGAAGGUGGUGUAAAACUUCUUCUAGAAAUGUCUCAAGCAAGUAGUUUCAUUGGAUGCAUAACUUUAAGUACUCUUUUAAUAAGACAUGCUUUGGAAGAACCAUGUACUCUUCGAUUAGCCAUGGAAAAAGUAAUUCGUAGUCGUACUCAAGGCAAUAUUCCUCCAGCUUGCAAAGAAAUCUUGUUUAUGACACGUCAGAUUAAUAGUGCUGUAUGUCGUAAUCCGGAAGUUUAUAGAGAAGUUUGUGAGAACAUUUUAAGAGUAGACAUUCGUCUAUUAGGAAAAGAGGAUGAUGAUAAUAGAUUAAUUGUCAAAGCACUUCCACCAAGUCACUCAUCAGUAAUGCCAAUGGUAGAGAAAGCUUCAAUAUCUGUUGUAAAAGAUCUUCUGAAUGCUCUUAUAAAGCCUAUGCCAGUUGUCUCUGAUGAAAAAUCUUCUACACCAACAAGGAGUCCAGAAAAGAAGGCAUCUUAUUCUAAUGUUGGAAGUUCAUCUUCUCGACGAGAUGUUCAGAAUAAUGCAACAACAUCAAAUGAUACUCUUGAUGAUGAGGAUCAAGUCUCUCAAAUAAUACCAAUGAAGAUUUAUCCGGAUAAUAGCAACAACAGUAAAGUGGAACCAGAAGAAGCAGAAAAACCUUUGUUAACAAAAUCAGCUAUUCUAAAGAUACUUGCAGAAGCCGUUCGCUCAUAUAGUGCGGUCGCAAGUUUGAUUACAGAGCAUGCAUAUCGAGCCGGACAAAGUGAAAUGGUUCCUGAGUACACAACAGCUCUUGCUUUCCUUUUGGAUAAGCUUCUACCAAUGUCACCAGAAAAUUCAAGUGACAAACAAUGCAGUAGUAUGGCGAGAAUGUUGAUAGCUGCUAUUGCUUCCUGUAAUCAUUCUCCAGAUGUUCAAACGACUUUAGUGACUGAAGUAAAAGCAGCUUUAACAAGAACUCUAGCUCUUCCUGAAAGUUCUGAAAAACAUGCACAAAUUCAAUUAUUAGUUGGAUUAAUCUCUACCAUGAUUGAUAGUUGUCCACCAACUUCUUACAAUCAAUUGAGAACCUCCUUGAAAAUGCAUCAGUACAAUAAUGUUAAUUAUAUUGUAAGAAUCAUGUUAAGAAAAGGAAUAAUUACAGAUUUAGCAAAAAUUCCACAUAGUCUGGAUCUAUCAAGUCCAAACAUGGCUGCUACCAUCAAUGCUGCUUUAAAACCAUUGGAAACACUUUCACGAAUUAUAAAUCAACCAAUGCCAGGUGCUAUUAAUAACAAAUUUACUAAGCCAAAAAGUAGAACAGUUCAAGAGGAACCUAUUGGAGAACAAACAGGAACUACAACAUCAGAAGCAACACAUGCUGUUGGUGAAGAAACAAACGAAGACGCAGAGAAUACAGAACAUGAUAUAUCUGUUACUGCAGAAAGUCUUGAACCUACUUCGGAAAGUCAAGUACACGAAGAUGAAGCUGCCUUAGAAGACAUUAUGGAUCAAUUACUUGAAAGGGACGGGCCGGGCGUGACGGAAGAUCAAUCUUCUCGACCACAUAGACCAAUGGACAUUGAUGAAGAAAGUCUUGCAAUAAGGGAUGGAGAAGCUGAUUUUGAUCCAACUCGAGAUGCUACGGAGGAUUUAAUGAGCUCUGAUUCGGAUUCUGAUAGUAAUCCAUCUGAUGAUAAUGAAGAUGAAGUACAAGAUGAUGAAGAUGAAGAGGAAGAAGAAGAGGAUGAUGGAGAAGAAAAUGAAGAAGAAGAGGAAGAAGAGGAAGAAGGAUCCUCAAAUUACGAAGAAGAUGGAAUUGAAUUCUAUGAAGAUGUAGGAGAAAGUGGUGUAUUCAGAAUGAUUCCAUCAACAGAUCGUGAUGGUAGUAGUGUCGUAAUGAUUCGACAUAAUAUAGAUAAUCAAGACAAUGUGAAUUCUUCAACUACAGUUACACCACGAUCUAGUCUUCCAUGGAGUACAACAUUUCCUCUUCCUUUGGGACUAUUUGAAAAUCCUCCAUCGAUUUCUGAAAGUAGUGGUAUUAAUUCCCAUUCGUUGCUAAUACCACAGGGAGGUUUAGAUGCUACUAAUACAAGAGGUCAGAGAGCUGUACGACCGCGAAGAUAUCAAUAUCUUCAAUUACCAAAUCCACGAAAUCCAAAUCCACCAGUAAUAUUGCAAAGACUUUUAGGUCCAGCUGCACAAGCAAUUCCAUUAUCUGCCAGUCAAGUUUUGGCUUCUAGCUUUCGAGAUACACGCGUUGUAGUAAUGGAUAAUGGUGUUGGAAUAUUAACAAAUCAAGAAGAAGAACAAAUAGACUUUGUGGAUCAAUCUGGCUAUCUUUUCGGAUCUAGUCUUGCAACCACAGUAAAUAAUACUCCUACUGCUUUACAUUGGUGGAUUGAAGAAAGCAAAUUAUUAGAUGGAGAUUCCCAAACGGAUUGUUGUGUCGGUAUUGUACAUAAACUAAUUCCUGGACUGGAAAAACGUAGAAAUGCAGAAUUGGGAGAACGACGUGAGAGACGUAAAAUGCAAUACGCUUCUGAGAAAAAAAGUGAAAAAGACAACAAAGAUGGAAAAGAUCAUCUAAAUAAUACAGAAUCCGGUUCUUCUACUAUAAUAUCUAUGGAUGAGCAAAUAUCAACUGCAUCAACAUCACAAAGAGAAGAAACGAAUAAUUUUGUUCCUAGAUUUGAAACUUGCGUGGAAACAACUCGAUUAGAACGCACGCUUGACGAAGAUAUAAUUGAUGUAACUGGUGAGAUGGAUGCAACUAUUCAAGAAGAUGAAGAACGACCACCACCUCCCCCACCAGAAGAACAACCAACAGAACCUAGAGAUCCUAGAAUGAGCAAUCGAAAUCCAACUUUGGAACUUGCUGAAAGUAUAGUGGAUUCUGUACUUGGACCUUGCGCGUCUGAAGCAAGCAGAUUAAGACAAUCUGAACGUACUAUUGAAGGAUCUAAUACUAAUGAAACAUCUAAUCGACCCAAUACGUCCAUAGUUGUUGAUUUCAGUCAAGAACCUAAUGAAGAUCUAUUAAGAGAAAGUGAUUCAUCUGAAUGGAUAAGAAUUCUUACGGAUGACAGCCAAUCAAAUGUUGAGCGAAAUGCGAAUAUCCUCAAUCAAGUACCUACUACUUCUGCAUCAGAAAAUAUUAAUCCAGAAAUAUCAGAACAACAACAACAACAGCAACCAUCUCUACAACAGCAGCAACAACAAGAGCCACAACAGUCACAAGAACAAUCUCAGCGACAACAACAAAAUCAACAAUCUCAAGAACAACAAUUACCGGAUGGCGUAGAUCCUUCUUUCUUAGCUGCAUUACCCGAAGAUAUGCGUGACGAAGUUAUUGCUGAACAACUGAGACUUCAACGAAUUCGACAACGGGCACAAGCAACUGUAGUCGAAGAAUUAACAGGGCCAGUUGAAGUUAAUCCUGAAUUUUUAGCUGCUUUACCUCCAGCAAUACAAGAAGAAGUUCUUGCACAACAACGCUUGGAACAACAACGUCACGCAGCCGCAAGUGCCAAUCCAGAAGAUCCAGUUGACGCAGCUGCAUUCUUCCAGAAUUUACAACCUUCUCUUCGACAAGCGAUUUUAACUGAUAUGGAAGAAUCGCAAAUAUCCGUUCUUCCACCAGAUUUAGCUCAAGAAGCUCAAAAUCUUCGAAGAGAAUGGGAAGCUCGAAAUAGACAUAUAAUGCAAGACCGAUUUCUUAACCACGUUAGUCAAGGAAAUGCCGCCUUAUCCAGUAUAUUGCGAAAUUCUGGAAGAGGCAGAGGUGGCGGUACGCGUUAUGCGAUUCAUACAGUAGCACAAAGAGGAUGGCAACCAUGGACAAAUGGUGAUCCUAGUAUAACGCAUCAUGGAGCUGGUCUACGACUCAGAGGCAGACAAUUAUUGGAUCAUGAGUCGAUGGCUUGCGUAUUGGUAUUACUGUUUGUUGAUGAACCAAAAAUUAAUACAUUAAGGCUUCAUAGAGUUAUCAGGAAUCUUUGCUAUCACGGUAGCACAAGGGAAUGGGUAGUUAGAGCCUUACUAAGUAUCAUGGAAAGAAGUAAUGAUGAAAAAGAUAUAGCCAUGGACUUUGGUGGAAAAAUCAGAAGGAAAAGCUUAGUACCCAUGAUGCACCAUGAUUACUGUUGCUCCAAAAUUUUUGAUCAAAGAAGCAAUGCACAGUCAUGGUUAAACAUCAGUAUUGAUGCUGCACUUGGAUGCAGAGCAAAUGUUUUCCAUAUUGUUAGACAUGGAGGCAAAAAAUCAGAAAGACAAGGCAGUAGUAUUGCCAUCCAUCCUCAAGCAGCUCCUACAGUAUGCAGGCAUACAUUAGAGUUAUUAAUAUCACUGGCUAAAGGCUUCCCUGGUUAUUUUGUACCAAUCAAGUCUAAAGAAUCAGAUGAAAAAGAAAAUAAUAAGAAAAAUUCAAGUAACAAAGAAGAAGCCGGUUCGAAAGGUAAAUCCACAUCAAAACCAGGAAAAAGUGAUCAACCUGAUUUUUGGGAUAUGUUGUUGAAACUUGAUUCAUGUGCUUCGAAAAAAGGAAAAUCAGUUGCCAGAUCGCACUCAAAUUCAAAUUUAGGAAAUGAUACGGAACAUAAUACCACAACUUUUGAGUCGUCCGCUUUCGGUCAAUUAAUUUCAAUGCUAAACUGGUCGGUUAUUAAACGUAGCAGUCAACUAACGGACAAAGUAUUGAAAUUGUUGUCUUUAAUUUCAAUCGGAUUAACGGAAGUGAAUCCGUAUCGUAGACAAGAAGGAAAUAAGAAUAAAAGAACAGAUAUGAAUAAAGAACAAAGCAUUGCUGCACCAGAAGAACAUCUUAAAUUAGCUGUGCAAGUAUUGACAAGUAAAAGUUGCUCUGAAGAAGGACUUGAGGAUGCAACAGCUUUGUUGCUUAAUUUAUCUCAUUGUCCUGAUCCUACUAGGCAAUUGAUAUUAAAAUUACUCUUAGAAGGUGCCAUGGAAUUGGCUAAUGUUGUUUGUGAACACAUUAAAGAUUUAUUAAUGGAGUUGAAAGUUUUGAAUCGUGAACUCAGACGAAAUUCUAUCGAAGAACAACCGUCGACUAGUACUGGCGGUUCUCGUUGGGUUCUUUUAGAUAGGUUUACCAACGAGAGUGUAGUUAUUACUGCACCGAGUAAAGUCAAAGCCGGCAGUGAUCUUCAAUUACCAUCGAUGGCUGCUCUUGUUAGCAAAACUUCUAGUCAGGCAUUCUUCUUAAGAAUACUUAAAGUGAUUGUACAAAUAAGGGAAGCUGUACGUUUAGCAAAUAAUAAGAAAACAUCUACUCAAAGUUCCGAAAGUUCUGUAGAUACUGAAAAUACUAACCAAGCUUCAGAAUCAGGUAAUUUGAAGUUUUAUAUUUUUAUAAACAUAAAUUAAUUUUUACAGUUAUUAAAUAAUAUUUGUAUACAAUUUACAGGUGAAGACAAGCUUCCAUUAUUAAGUGAAAGUUUAGUAUUAGAUCAUCUGUGGGAAACACUCAGUGCUUGUUUAUUGGAAUUAGAAUAUACUCCAGAUCAACAUGCAGUUUUAGUAUUGCAACCUGCGGUAGAAGCAUUUUUCCUAGUACAUUCAUCAUCGAGUACUUCGCGUGAUCGUCAUCUAAGUACAAGUACGGAAAAUCGCGAAGUAGUUCCUGAUUUAACACCUGUUUCACCAAUUUAUUCAGAUAAUGAAGGAACGUCCCAAUCAGAAGCUACUAUUAAUACUUCUUGGGAUAUACAACCUACGCCACAGAAGACAUUACCACCGGACCAACUCAAGUUCCUUAAAUUUGCAGAAACGCAUAGAACUGUUUUAAAUCAAAUUCUUCGUCAAACAACCACACAUUUAGCAGAUGGACCAUUCUCUGUGUUAGUGGAUCACACAAGAGUUCUUGAUUUUGAUGUAAAAAGGCGAUAUUUCCGAACAGAAUUAGAACGAAUGGAUGAAGGUAUUCGAAGAGAAGAAUUGGCAGUACAUGUUCGUAGGAAUAAUGUAUUUGAAGAUUCAUUUCGAGAACUUCAUAGGCGUAAUGCUGAUGAAUGGAAAAAUCGUUUUUACAUUGUUUUUGAAGGUGAAGAAGGACAAGAUGCUGGAGGAUUACUUAGAGAGUGGUAUGUUAUUAUUUCCAGAGAAAUUUUUAAUCCUAUGUACGCACUGUUUACUGUAAGUCCUGGCGAUCGAGUUACAUACAUGAUAAACUCCUCUUCGCAUUGUAAUCCUAAUCACUUAUGUUAUUAUAAAUUUGUCGGUCGAGUUAUUGCUAAAGCAAUUUAUGACAACAAAUUAUUGGAAUGUUACUUCACGCGUAGUUUUUAUAAACACAUUUUGGGAAUACUUGUGAAACAUACAGACAUGGAAAGUGAAGAUUAUAGUUUUUACAAAGGACUUGUAUAUCUCACUGAGCAUAAUAUUGCUGACCUUGGAUAUGAAUUAACUUUCUCUACAGAGGUAAACGAAUUUGGUGUAAAUGAUGUGCGUGACUUAAUACCAAAUGGACGUAAUAUCAUUGUUACUGAGGAAACAAAAUUAGAAUAUAUUCGGCUCGUAUGUCAAAUGAAAAUGACUGGAGCAAUUCGUAAACAAUUAAAUGCGUUCCUAGAAGGUUUUUAUGAUAUUAUUCCCAAACGACUGAUCUCUAUAUUCAAUGAACAAGAACUUGAAUUGUUAAUUAGUGGAUUACCCAAUGUAGAUAUUGAGGAUCUUAAAGCUAAUACUGAAUAUCACAAAUAUAAUGCAAAUUCUUUACAAAUUCAGUGGUUCUGGAGAGCAUUACGAGGUUUCGAUCAAGCAGAUAGGGCUAAAUUUUUGCAAUUUGUUACUGGAACUUCAAAAGUGCCACUUCAAGGUUUUGCUGCUUUAGAAGGAAUGAAUGGUAUACAAAAGUUCCAAAUUCAUCGUGAAGAUAGAUCGACAGAUAGACUUCCGUCAGCACAUACAUGUUUCAAUCAGCUAGAUCUACCAGUUUAUGAAACGUACGAUAAGCUUCGCACGAAUUUAUUAAAAGCGAUCCACGAAUGCAGUGAAGGAUUCGGUUUCGCCUAAAUUUCUGCAAAGUUGAGCAAAUUUUGCGUGAUUUUGCAUGAAAAUCGAAGAGCGAAGACAAAAAAAAAGAGGAAUAAGAUAUAAAAAAACAACCAAAAACAACAAAGGGAAAAAUGAUUAAAAUAUUGAUAAAACAAAUGUAAAAGUACCGAUUGAUCUUCGCUCAAGAUUUAGUAUAUAAACUUUUUACUUCGCUAUAUAUACAUAUUAAAACUAAAGGCGUAUGUAUAUACGUAAAAUUAACGAUGUAAUUACCGAUGUCUCGUCGCUAGAGUUUAUUUUGUUGAACGAUCUUUAAAAAAAAAUGAGGAGAUGCAGAGCUUAAAGAUAAAUAAUUCCUGAUGGAAGGAAGACUUAAAAAAAUCAGACACUUUAGUUAAGGAUCUUAACAAUUAAGAGAUAAUAAAUAAGAAUUCAAUGUAAUUCAUCAUUGGAAAAAAAGAAAAAUAAGAGAGAAUGCAGCGGGCUGAAAUAAAUGUAAUAUAAUUGCGACUCAAAACCGCUCUACUCUUGAACAGAUUCAGAUAUGGGGUAGGAAAAAAAUCGGAAACGAGUUGUUGCCAUGUCGAAAAGGCAAAUGGAAAAGUUAUAGAGAAGUGUGCCUGUAUUCCGAGUACAUGUUUAUUUCCUUAUUAUGCGUGAAAGAAAGCUGCCAGAAACUUAGAAUACAUGGAUCUGAACGCGAGAUCAGAAAAAAAAAGAAAAAGAAACGUGUUGUAUGUAAGAGCGUGAAUGGGUGUGUAUGUAAAAUGAACGAAUGUGAAACAGAGUAAUAUUAUUCAAGAAACCGAUUAGACAUGAGCCUAAAUAUGAGAAAAACAUUUCACGAUGUUAUAUCCUUAACGCCCGCAAGAAAAAAGAAUAACGUAUGGUUGUACACUAUUAGUAUUAAUAAUUAUAUUAUUCUUAAUCGAUAGUAAUAAUCAUUAAUUAAUAUCGUUUUAAUAUUAAUUAUUUGAGAAAUGUGAUGUUAAAAAGGAAGUCAUGUAAUGUUUUUUUUCCUUUUUCUUUUUUUCCUCUGGAUAUAGCGCAAAAUCACGUCCAAUUCGCCAACUCUCCAAUCUUUGAAUCCUUGAACUUCCUUUAUUUCAACCUAAAUGCUUCUUCUCUGGAGGAAACGUAUAAUGAGAUUUUCACAAUCGAACAGAUGUUAAUUUUUGUAAACACAUCGAAUAGGACAAUAUACGUUGAAAAAAGCAUAGAUCCACCAAACUCUUUUUCGCGAUAUUGUUAGGGAGUUAUUGCUUAGGAAUUCGCAAAAUAAACUAAAUGUUGUAUUUCUUAUAAAA